AUGACGUAUACAUAUAAAAAUACCGAAACCCCAUUUCAUGAAAUAGUAUUAACCAUAAAGGAACGGAUCGAAAAACAUGAUAUAAGUAAAUGGGAAAAUAUUCCCAAGCCCGAAGAUGAGCACAAAUACAAUGAAUAUUUUGAGAAUUUCCUUAAGAAAGAAGAUGAAACGAAUCCUGAAACAUACCAAAAAAACAUAGCAGAAGAAGACUGUAAUCACGAUGAAAAUGAAACAAAUGAUAAAAUACCAUACCAUUAUAAUAUAAACAAUGAUUUUUUUGAUAAUAUAAAUAAUAGGGAAAGGUUUUAUUUUUUAUUAAAUAUAAAGGAUAUGAUGGAAACUACUUGGUUACUUGUGCAAAAAAGGUUAGAAGGUAUUGAUUUAGAAGAAUCUUCAGAACCAGUAAAUGUACAAGAAUUAAUAAAAUAUUCAAAACAAAUAUCAGAUACUACAUGUGCACCACCUGAAUGCAAUAAUAUAAAUGAUAGCCUAAUUCAUCAUGAAUAUUAUCCAAAUUAUCAUUUUUUAAAUUUUGUCAAUAUUGAAGAAAUCCAUUUAUCGAAAUUAUUUCAACUACAAAAAUAUAGUAAAGUAUGUUUUCCUCCUAUUAUUACAGUAAGAGAAGAUGCCAAUAAUAACAAUAGGAUAAUUAUUGAUAUUACAUGUUCAACACCAAAGACUACAAUAUAUUAUAAAAUAAAUGAUGAUAUAAAAGAGACCAUAUAUGAUGCUGAUAAUAAGCCAAUCAUUAAUAAAAAGAAGAAAAUAUAUAUAUAUGCUUGGUCAAUAAUACCAGGGUAUAUGAAAUCGAGAGUUUCGUGUAUUUCUAAAACAUAUUUAGUUGACGAACAAAAUGAUACCCUAACACAAGACGGUAUUGAUAAUGAGCAAUCACAACAUUCUUUGGAUUCUUCUAAAGCUAAAAAAGCUCCUGAAAAAUCUGGUAAAACUACAAAUGUAUUUAAAAGCUUAGGAUUUUUAUUAAGCAGGAAAAAAGAAGCAGCUUCAGAUAACUCAUCCGAUGAAAAAUCAUCUUCAAAUUAA